UUGCGUUUCUUAAUAGGUGAGGUGGAGAAGAGGUUGGCCGAGGAGGCUGGGAUGGCUUCUGGUGGACGGCCACCAUCUCCUCCUCCCAAGAAGAAGAGGAGUUCCAGUCGUCUUGCUGCUGGGGAUGAUAUGAAGCAGUCGGAGGAUUCCGGGGGUGAUGAUGCUGCUGCCAAGGUGGUUGCCGCCCUCGCGACUCUUCUGAAGCCUAUUUCGACCAUGAACAGGUCUGCCACCUCGGCAAAGGUGACGACUGCUUCUUCUGGUAAAUGGCGAAGCACAACCUCUGCAUCGGGGACUUCGAUCCCUGAAGCUAUCCCCAUUCAUGAUGAUGGGGAUCGGGCUGACCAGGGGGGGUGCUUCGCCUGGUGAUGUUGAUCCUGACCUGGUUGAUGAGCCGCUGGUGUCUGAUGAUGACUUCACCAAGCCGAAGGGGCUCUUCUGCCGUGUCUACAGCUUCA